AUGACCAGCUCCAAAACUGGCCUCUUGCUGACAAUUCUGGGUGUCUUUGUGGUUGUUGGUCUUGCGGGCUUUGGCUUACGGUUUCUCAUUACAAAACUGGUCAACACGGUGCAAACCACGAAGGCAAGGGACGAAGAAGAGGCACAGCAACAAGAAGCAAACGAGCCCGCCAGUUCAGAGGCUGCAACCACAUCCAGCAACGAGCCACCGGCGGAAGCACAGCCAGCGGCGGCGCCAAAACUGGUCCAGACAACUUUUGGUCUUGAGCAAUUUCUUCAGGCUGUUUAG